GCUCUCUUUCGUUGGGCAUUGGUGGAUAGAGGGAGAAGGAUAGAAAGACAGAUGAGAAGGGUUCUAUCUUUCCCAUGCGUAUAAGGCACAUUUCCUCUUCCUCUCCCCCUCUUCCUUCUUCCUGACCUUCCUUCCCCUCGUCCCGAGGGAGGAAUUACAGAGAAAAAAGAAGAGGGACAGGCUUCUCCAAUCUACCUGUUUUUUUCGUAGAAUCAUGGAUUCCUCAUCUGCUUCCAUUGAUGCCUUUUCUGGAUUCAAGGACAAGGAGUCAAUGGUUGACCCCUUCUUGGUUGAAGCUCUUCAGAACUCUCGUCACCGUCUCACCAUUUUGCGCAUGGAACUUGAUAUUCAGAGGUUCUUGAAUAACACUGAUCAGCAGCAUUUUGAGUUCCAGCACUUCCCUUCUUCCUAUCUUCGACUGGCAGCACAUCGUGUUGCUCAACACUACGGUAUGCAAACUAUGAUUCAAGAUUAUGGCGUAGAUGGACAGGGAAGUAAAAUAGUGGUGAGAAAGUUAGCAGAAAGCAGGUAUCCCGCAGUCCGCUUGUCUGAAAUACCUGCCAAACAACCAGAAAAUGAUAAACCUGAGCAGAUAAAAAUUGCCAUAAGGCCUAGACCUAAUAAAAGCAAUGUAAAUGAAAUCAAUGAAGCAGGACUGAAAGGAAAUCCUAUGAGAAGUGUGGAAGAGAGGAAGGAGGAAUAUGAUCGGGCACGAGCACGCAUCUUUAGUGGCUCUAGAAGUUGUGAUGCAAGUGAUGCAUUGUCCCAGGUCCCGGUGGAUGUAAGAAAUUGUAGUGUGGGCCAGGAUGAGAAUGAAGCUGGCAAGAACCCUAUGGCUGAUUCAGAAAAAUGCACCAGUGUCAAGGAUAUUGGUUCCACUCGUGUUGCCAUUUUAAGAGAUAGGGAGAAGGAUCGUAGUGACCCAGAUUAUGAUCGUAGCUAUGGAAGGUAUGCUAGGAAUUUUCCAAACUUGGCGCCUUUUAGUCUUCACAAAGUUCCACCUUCAUUUGCUCAAUAUGACAGUAACUUCAAUCAGCUGGGUCAGAUGUCACAAACUCAGCCUUCACUUGGCUAUGGACCCCCUUCAAGCCCACUAUUGAGUCCUCUCUGCCCUACUGGACUGAAUCAGACGGGUGGGAAUGUUACUUACCUACAGUGGCCAAGUGCUGCUAUGAUGUAUGCACAUUCAUAUGACCAAUUUAGACAUGCUGUUUUUCAGGCUCCAUUUGGUCAACAGCCGCUGAGCUUUGAUUAUCCGCAGAACUACUAGACGAUGGCUGAUGGGGAUUUAUCAAUUUGUACGCUGAAAUUAUUUUAGCUGUAGGUUUUGAGAUUUAGGUUCAUGCUUUUGGAACUCUUAGUAGAUGACCUAUUGUUCCAAUUGUAGUCUGUCUUCCGUUUUAGAUUUUAUCAUAGUAAAAUAUAUUAUGGUUACAGUGGAUCUCAAUAUAUACACAGGUAUUCAUGGAUACUCCUUUCUCCUCUAACGCCGGGGACGCAAAA